UUAAUCACCCCAGUUGAUAAAUAUUGGCAGUGAUUGUAGAACGUCAACUAUUUACUGUGUCCGAGGUAAAUAAUAAAGAUGACGUGCCUACAACAUUCCUGUCCAGAUUACACUCAGGGAAUUGCUGGAGUUAAUUUCUCCAAUUUGGUCACUCAUCUGUUUGCUGCGCAGUGUCUACUCACUGAACCGUGGCCAAAAGACAGAUUUGAGGAUGUAUCUGAUGGCGACACGUUCGAUUUCAUUGUGGUGGGAUCAGGGACUGCUGGCUCUAUUGUGGCUAGCAGGCUCUCCGAGGUAUCUGAAUGGAAGGUGCUUCUAUUGGAAGUUGGUGAAGACCCUCCACUAGAGUCCAUUAUUCCAAGUUUUUCUGGCGCUACACAUAGAAGUAAACACGUAUGGCAAUACUACACAGAAAGAGACAAUAAUACUAAUAGAGGCAGUGUGGACGGAAGAUCGUUUUGGCCUCGAGGCAGAGUCCUCGGUGGUACCGGUUCUAUCAACGGACUUCUUUAUAUGAGAGGAAGCCAGGGAGACUACGAUCGGUGGCAAGUAGAGAAAGGCGAUGGCUGGGAUUGGCAAACAAUAAAACAAUAUUUCAUGAAAAGCGAAAAAAUUAUUGACCCUUUAAUUUUAAAUAAUCCCGACUUAAGAAAAGAGCACGGCACUGAAGGUGAAUUCAUUGUUGAUCAAUUGAAUUUUACUCACAGUGAUAUAGCAGAUAAGUUAAAAAAUGCUUACUUAGAAAUGGGCUUAAAGUAUUUGGAAGAUUUGAAUGGACCGACUCAAAUGGGCGUUGGUAAAAUAAUGGGAGGAAAUCACAAAGGCAGACGAGUUAGCACGGCAACUGCUUUUCUUAAUCCAGCUAGUAAACGAAAAAAUUUAUACAUUUUAAAGAAUGCAUUUGUUACAAAAGUAGAGAUUGACGAUAAAUAUACUGCCAAAGGAGUAAGGACGAUUGUAAAAACCGGCGAUGCAUUUAUGUUUUAUGCUUCUAAAGAUAUAAUUUUAAGUGCGGGUGCUAUAAACACUCCUAUCCUUUUAAUGCUGUCCGGUAUAGGUCCAAAAAAUCACCUUCAAGAACUUGGUAUCAAAGUUAUACAGCAUAUGGCUGUUGGGAAAAAUUUACAAGACCAUGUUAGGAUUCCUAUUCCCGUGACAAUAGAUACAGGGGCAAAACCGAAGGAUGAGAAGUACUGGUUGAGAGCUGCUGCACAAUAUUUAAUAGAUCAGACGGGUCCUCAUGCAACUAACUAUGAUCAGCCCAAUAUAAAUGCUUUUUUCUCAGUUCCAGAUGGAAAAGAAUUACCUGAUAUUCAAGUAGAUCAUAAUUAUUUUGUACCUAAUACAUCACAUGUUUAUUUAAUGUGUAAAGACAUAAUGUCCUUACAAGACAACAUAUGUAAACAGUUUUCAAAUUUUAAUUCAGAGAAGGAAUUAAUUAUAUUUUUUGUAGCUUUAUGUAGACCGGUUUCUCGGGGCAAAUUAGAAUUACGUUCGACGAAUCCGUCAGAUUUCCCUAAAAUAUUUCCAAAAUAUUUUAGUAACAAGCGCGACAUGAAAACUUUUAUCGAUGGUAUAAAAAGAUUAACUGAUAUUAUUAAUACUCCAACGUUCAAAGAUGCUAAAGCUGAAUUGAAAAGGAUACAACACAAAGAUUGUGAUGUUACUGAGUUCGCUAGUGAAGAUUAUUGGGAAUGCAUGGCAAGAACGGUCACUUAUAAUGUUUAUCAUCCUGUAGGUACAGUAAAAAUGGGUAAAGAUGAUGAUUUACGUGCUGUUGUUAAUAAUAGACUUAGUGUAUAUGGAUUAAGAAGCUUGAGAGUAGUAGAUGCAAGCGUAAUGCCUACUAUACCCAGCGUAAAUACCAAUGCUGCGGUUAUGAUGAUCGCUGAAAAGGCUUCAGAUAUUAUAAAGGAAGAUUAUGGGGCUUCUAAUGAUAUUUUUUAUAAUAACAUAAAAGAUGAAUUGUAAAAAAAUGUUUUAAUUAUAUUAUUUCAAUGAAGACUAUUUUGGGUUAUAAACUGAAUGUUAAUAAGUGCGUGGAGCUUUAUGCCACGUAAAAAGUUUAAGCGAUACUUUAAUUAAUGUGUUACUUAAGUAAAUAGAAACUUAAUUCCUGAUACUCAUUAUACACAUAGCAUCAAAUGAGAUUUGCAAUCUACGUUUGAUGCUAUUAAUAAAAACAAUUGUAAUUCAUUAUUGACGGCGUCUUUAAUAUUGUUUCAGAUAUCGCUUUAGCUCAAUGAAAAUAAU